GAGGUUGAUAUACGUCUGCAUCGUAAUAUUUUCGCUAACGCCGCUUAUUGGGAAGAUAUGUGACUAGCAAUAUAGUAGCAUUACAUAUAUGCCUCAACUCAAAUAUUAUGUAAACGUGGAAUGAUGUGCGGUGGUCUGUCUGUCUGUCUGUCAUUGUUUUCCAUACAUUCAAUUUUCCGUUUUGUUUCGCUAUUUAAUAAUACAAGUAUGUACAACGGCUACAUUAACAAAAAUGAGCGAUGACUAAUUAUCCAAGCAAAAAAAUUCGCAUCAUUCAACUGGAAUAUUUACAUACCGUAUAGCUCGUGUAUUUGAAGGUUGGGAUUGACCUUAUAGUUUCAUAGAAGUCUAAAGAAAUGGCUCAAGAGGAGAAAGCUGUUCCGUCACCCAUGACUCAAUGCUAUGAAAAUUACAUUAUAGUUGAUGUUGGUGCCAAUUUAACAAAUAAGAAAUAUAGUCGAGAUUUAGAUAGUGUAAUACAACGAGCAAAGGAUGCCGGUGUACAAAAGAUUAUGGUGAUAGGUGCCAGCAUUCGUUCCAGCAAAGAAGCCUUGAGGCUAACUAGAAUAUAUCCCGGGACGCUUUACUCCACAGCUGGCAUACAUCCGCACGAUGCCAAAUCUUGGGAAGACCCAGACACUUUGCGUGAACUAGAAAGCAUAGCUAAUAAUCUUGAAUGUGUUGCGAUCGGAGAAUGUGGCUUAGAUUAUAGUCGCGACUUCUCCGCCCCGGAGACUCAACGCGCUGUGUUUCAUAAACAAAUAGAAUUAGCCUGUACAUUAAAUAAACCGUUAGUAAUACAUGAAAGAAGUGCACAAAAGGAUGUUUUAGAAGUUCUUAAUCAAUAUAAGAAUCGUUUACCGCCUGUUCUGAUUCACUCCUUCAUCGGCACUGCGGAGGAGGCACAGAUUUACUUAGAUCAAGGCUUUUAUCUAGGUAUCACAGGCUACUUAUGCAAGGAUAAAUCUGACAGCGGGAUAAGACAAUUGCUAGAAGGUGGACAGGCACCAUUAGAUAAAAUCUUAAUAGAAACCGACGCACCAUUUAUGUAUCCCAAUACCAGAGCCAGCAAAUUACCCGCAUAUGUGAAGGAUGCUUUAACGGAACGGUCUAUGAUGUUCCUCCAUCGUUAUUGCACCUUUCAACGUAAUGAACCAUGUGCCUUGCCAGCAAUUGUAGAAAUGGUAGCGGCAUUUAUGCGAACCACGCCGGAGCAAGUUGCAUUGGCUACCGCUUUUAAUGCUUUAAAAUUAUUCGGUUUAAAUCAAUAAUGAUAUUCAGAUCUCAUUAAAUUAUAUAUAAAAUGGUGCUAAGAGAGUCGGUGCUAUGUAAGAGUUUUAUUAUGAUUUUUAAUGUAUAAAGCUUUAAAUUUUUUUUAGUCAUGAUUUAUUUCUUUAUAAUGGUUUUUUUUCUUGAUGAGAGAAAUAGUACAUUAAUACUUUAAAAAACUGAGUUAAUAACUGGCUGCUUGUAGAUUGAUAAAAAGUUGAUAAUAAAAUUUAUAUAUAAUUGUAUAAGUUUAUAUAAACUAUAAAGAAGUGUGUAUGUUUUACAGAUAUUUUUGUAUAUAUUAUUCUACAUAUAACAUAUUAAUUGUACAUGUAUCAGAAUAUUUUAUUAUAUUGAGAUUUUUGAAUUUCUCUGGGUUUUUUUUUUUUUUUUUUGUAAAAUGUUGAUUGUUCAGCUAUACAUAUGAUAUAUAUGUAGAUACAAAUCUAUAUACUCUAAUAUUAUAUGUUUUAUUGUUAAUGCAUUAUAAAUAUUUUUGUACAAAUAAAUUGUUAUAAAAAGAUAUUUUUUUUUUAAUAUUGUCAAAGAUAAUUCUUUUUCUCUUGAUGAGUGGUGUAGAAUUUAUAGAAUUUAAAGAUAAAAUGUGCAUUUAGAAUUAAUUAAGCACAAGACAAUUGAUAAAUUGAUUUAUUUUUUAAAAUCAUUUAAUUGUUGAAUAAAGUUGUAUAUUUUCAUUUGUACAUUUUUAAAGAUGUAUAAGUGUCAUGUGUCAAAAUAUUGACAAAACAUGAAAAUUUUGUAGACUGUUCUACUAUUUCUUCUGAAUAUCCACGCAAAACCUGAACACAAUUCGCUUAACAGUUUGAAAAUUAUUUAAGUUUAAAAUUAGUAUUGAUUCUUAUGAAAAAUCGAUAUUGUAGCACUUAUUGACAAAUUUGACAAGGAAAAAACAUUACCAACGAAAUAAAAAUUUUUAAAAAUUAAGAAGACUAAUAAAUAAAACUUGGUUUACAUCCACUUACCCGUUUAAAAGUUAUUUACUAAAAAUUAUAGAAAAAUAUUAUCUCUCUCUGUCUCCCUUUCUUUCUACAAAUUACUUUUUUUAAUAAUGUAAUGUGGGUUAGCUAAUAAUUUCGUGCGGUUUUCUUAUAUGUAAGAUGAAUGAUCUUACAUGAAAGAUGAUUUUUUUAUAGAUGGGAAUAACUUCAAUCAACAAUGUAUUGGCCAUUUUGCUCUUUUGUCAUCUUUCGGGCAGCUGCAUAAUUCCUCGCUUAAAAAACUUCUUGUCUUUUUCGGCAAAAAAAUUUUCCAAGUGUUGUUGAUGCCUUCCUCGGAAAUGAAGCGCUGUCUAUCUAGAGAAUUCUGAAGGGAGCAGAACAAAUGGAAAUCUAAAGGAGCAAGGUCUGGUGAAUAUGGAGGAUGCGAUAAGACAUCCCAGCCUAGCUCCAAUAAUUUUUGCCGCAAAAUGUUCGCAAAGUAUGCGGCCUGGCGUUGUCGUGAUGAAAAACGACACCCUUGCAAGUCACCAAUUCUGGACGCUUCUCGUGAAUUGCUGCGUUCAAUUUAUCCAGCUGGCUGCAGUAAACAUCCGAAUUGAUUGUUCUGUACUUCGGAAGCAGCUCAUAAAACACAACACCCUUCCAAUCCCAUCAAAUUGAGAGCAUGACCUUGAUGAAGCUCUGCCUUCGAUGUGGUUUGUGGCAGUUUGUCGCGCUGUUUCCUCUUCUUUUGCGCUUGAUAUUAUUGUAGAGGAUCCAUUUUUCAUCGCCCGUCACCAUUUGCUUCAGAAACGGAUCGCUUUCCUCACGUUUUUUCAAUGAAUCGCUAAUGAAAAUGCGUUUGAUUAAAUGAGCUUCACUCAAUUCGUGCGGAACUCGAACAUCGAGCCGACUAACAUAGCCAAGUUGAUGCAGAUGGUUUUCCACGCCCGAUUUUGAUAUUUGAAGAAUGUUUGCAAUCUCCCGUAUCGUGUAGCGUGGAUUGGUAUCGAUUAAUACCUUGAUUUUAUCGCUGUCAAUCUCAAUUGGCCGGUCCGAUUGUAGCGUCUUGGACAGAAAAAUCUCCGCAACAAAAUCUCGCAAACCACUUCUGGCACACGCGUUCUUUCACGGCAUCUUUGUCAUACACUACACAUAUCUUUUUACAAGUUUUGCAUCGCGUUUUUGCCUUUUUCAAAAUAAAAAAGCAUGAUAUGUCAAAAAUACUCAUUUUGGUUAUACAUCUUUCAAAUAACGCCAAACACAUAAAACGUAAUCAAUUUUCACGCUUUUUUUUUUAAAUGCGUUGAAAUUUCACAAUCAAAAACGAUUAUACACUUUCAAUAUUUGAAAUGAAUAUAGUUAUUUUUCAGAGCACCUAAAGCCAUCUAUCGGCAAAAACCGCACGAAAUUAUUGGCCAAUCAAAUAUUUAUUUG